CUGGAGAUAGGACUUUUGUCGAUGAAAACAAUGCAAGAAAUUUUAUACCUUUAUUAAUCAUUUUUCUAGACAUCGAUAAAUAAAAUACUACAAGUUUCGAAGUUGGCCUCGAUGGAACACGUAUCUAUGGCCUUGAAGAAUCAAAGCUGCGCCGACAUGACGGAUAGCGAGAAUCCAGAGGAUGAAUUUCUUGUUCCUGGUUUUGACAACGACGAUUUGUCAAGUGUCAUUAAGCCAGAAGUGAAGUUGGUGAUAGGAGAAUCACACUUGGACGCAAAGGCUUCUGGCAGAAAAAAAAAUUUAAGCAAGUUGAAAGUGAAGAAAAAUAAAAUGUUAGGUGAAUCGAGCUAUGACCCGACAAAAUUGGAAGACAGCCCCUCCCAAGUUUUGGAGCGCUUUAAACGAGGUUGCGAGUGCCAAGACGAUCAGUGUUUCAAAGGGUUAAACCCAGAGACGGUUUAUCGCCAUAGAUUAAAUAUCGCAGAAUUGACAAAGGCAGAGCACGAUAUGUACUUGAUGGGUGUCACAAUGGCUUGUCUGACGAAUCCUUAUCAAACGGCCAGGCACACCGAACGACGCAGAUUACGGGCGCAAUACGUGUACCAAGGACGAAGAGUUUGUCUGGAUGCGUUUCUCUACCUGGAGAAUUGCACACAUUAUCAGAUCAAAAGAAUAAGGAAACAUCUAAUCACUCACGGCGUGACGCCACGUGUGCACGGUAAUCAUGGAAAGGUUCCGCACAAUACUUUUUCCUUGGACAUUUACAAAAUUGCCACCGAGUUUUUAAAAAGCUUCAUCAAGCAACAGGAGGUUAAACAGAAGAAGGAUACGAAGAACGGACCUUUGCACCUCCCUCCGGACAUUACUCGAAAGACUGUUCACGAUUUGUAUGCCGAGUAUUGCAAACGAUUAUCUCCUGACCCAAAGAUUAUGGGAUAUUCCACUUUUAGGAGGUUUAUGAAGGUUCAGUUCCCACAAGUCAAAUUUCCAAAGCUCGAAUUCGUAGUUAGAGCACAGAGUACGCAGAAUCAGAACAAUUUGAAAGCCGAGUCUGAUAAAGUAACAAAUGAUGCGCCACUUGAGUCAACUCAGCUCGUUACAGAAAGUGGUGACUUAGUGCCCCUUGUUAUCACGAGUGAAUCCGUCGAACAAAGUGGAACAUACUUUUUAACGCCGGUCAACAAAUUGCAAGAAGGUCUCAGUUAUCAGUUGACACCCAGUGGUCUUCUAGUCAAUAGAACUGGAAUGCCCGUGACGGUGACAAAUCUCAAUCCAAUGUAACGAAGAAAAACUCAGUGGCUCAUCCCCAAACCUGGAACAUUUUUGCAUUUGAUAAAUCUUUCCUCACGUCUGCAGGCUUGAUAAGUUUGCGUGCAUUGUGAGUUUCGAUAAAGUGUCCGAACUGCAGUGAAUUUUCUCAUCUAUAUCGUGACACCCUAGUGACGAGUGAUGGAGGAAACCAAUAGAUUAUCCUUUUAUGCCAAGUUCUUGUGUUCAAAUUAGGUAUUUUCAAGCGUAGAAUUAUUAAGUUAACGUCGUUAAGUUCAAAAUUAAGACUUAUAGUCGGAGUCACUCUCUGCUCCAUUUAUUAUCGUAGGUCCGAUAUGAAGUUUUAGAGUACAAAGGCGUACUUUUGGUAGCAGCCAUACCACUACGUGUUAACAAGGCACUAGUCCGAUGCAAAUCAUUUCAAUUAAUUAGACUUGAUUUGCCAUGCCACUGGCCUGGUGUCGAUGAAUUUUGUAAGAUAUAAAAUUAAACAUAAAACGUCUAGUAUUACGGACAGGUCGAUGGACCUAAUCGUUUAAAAUAAGGUAGAGACACAGGUCGAAAAAACAUGAUUUCCUUGCCUUUGUUCGCAAACUCGUACCAAUCAUCUCGCUAUCAUACUCCAGAAUUUUAUUUUUCUCGUAUAGUGAUAUCUUAAAUUUAGGAUAUUUUCCUAAAAGUUCCCCACGAUGGGGACCUGUGCACUUUUUGUGAUACUUAGAUGUAACGCUCGUUGAAGUCCGGUAUGAUAUAAGACAUACGUAUAUAUUUAUAAUUUGAUAAGGUAUACUUACUGUGUCAAGAUUAUCUAGCGUGUUUAGUAAUGUUGUAAGUAGUCGAGCUUUCGUCGUUCAGCAUCUGUAGUAUCGUAAGUCCGAUGAAAUGUUAUUUUUAAAAACGUAAUACAAUUUUGUACGAAGCAAGUAGUUCGUUCACUCGUACUCGACGUCAGGAAAUGCCGUCGUGGAAGGGGUAGCACACAUUUAUCCCGAUUAUACGGCUAAACGGGUGCUAAUUCGUCCACAUUAACAUGAACCAUCUGGCCGGCCUAGCGAGCCAAUAGCGGAACAGGGUGGGAAUUAUUUAACGAGAGCGUUUAAUGAGCUCUCAUUAUUAUCCACUCCGUCAAUGUCAGCUGGUGUCUGGGGAUCUAAUUUUCUAAUUUUCUAAUUUUUUUUAAAGCCCAUCAUCCCGCUCUCCUCCCGACACCCUUGAAAUAACGUGGGAACCGAUUACCUCGCAAUUGGAAGAAAUUCAUUAAGUGUCUCCAAAAAACGGCGAAAGUAGAAUAAUAGCAGUAGCCGCAGUUGGCACGAAAUUGGUAGAUGAAAACGCCCGCUGACUUUGAAAUUACCAGAGUAGAAGUUAAGAGCCUCGUCCGACACGGCGAUUAUCCCGUUAGUAUAGAAAGUCCCAGGGGGAUUGAAUGGUUCG